AAGUGUAGAUAAAUUGGCUUUGAUAGGCGACUUCUAGUGCGGUAGUCUCGAGGUCGUUAAUUUUGAGGGAAGUGAUAAAGAUCUAAUAAAAGUCAUCAAGCUAAGAUCUUUGUGAAGUAGUCAGUGUAGUCUGUUGAUUCAGCGUCCAGAAGAACAUCCACCUGAUGCUCAGCAUCGUGGUUCGACCAAGAACAAGAAGCAUGGUCCGGUAGAUCACCACUUCUUUGUAAUUCUUGGACGUCGGUGUCUGUCGAACACACAAAGUAGUCAUCAAACAAGGUAUCGGGAACAAAGAGAGGUCGGGGAACCGUCCGUCCACCGUUAGACGAAGACGCGGCGCGGUGGUGUAACGGAGGAGGUCGUAGAAAGAGACAGCAACAUCGGACUCGGAAGCUGCAGCGCGUCCGGUGAGAGAGGAAGGUGGUUGUCCCCACAGACGAAGCCAAACCAGACAACAACAAGUCAGCUGUUUUUGCCGAAGUGAAGUUGGGCAAGCAUCCGGAGAUCCAAGAAGAAGGUCGUAGAAAGAAGAAACGCGGUGCCAAAUCAAGCUGGAGCUGUAAAUUAUGGCCAGACAUGAUGAUGGGGAAAGUUAUGGUCAACCCCUAAAGUUCGAUCCCGACUUCAAGGGACCACUGUCGAAGCGGUCAUGCACGGACAUUCCGUGCCUGUUUCUGUUUGUCGCGUUCCUAGCAGGCUGGGGCUUCGUGGCCUACUACGCUCUGCACCAUGGCGACUUGGAUCGGCUGCUCGUGCCGACGGACUCCAAGGGGCUGAAGUGUGGCGUUGACAGCGAAGUUCAGGACAAACCGUACCUGUUCUUCUUUGACAUCAGCGAGUGUGCCAAGUACGACGUUCCGUUGUACGGGUGCAAGACUCCGCAGGUUUGCGUGAGCAAAUGUCCGGCGGAUCAGUUUGGCUUUGAGCUGAACGCCUGUAACGCUGCAACGCUGGAUACGUUCCGGUCGAAGCUGAUCUGCGAUCAGACUGUGCCGAAGGAUUCGUUGAGCUGUUCGGAGAUUCAGGAUAACAUCGACCGAGGUCACUGCGCCAGGUAUUACCUCAAGAGUGUCCCAUUUGCGAAGCGGUGUAUUUCUGACCUGCCGGACACAGAGUGUCCGUACAUUCCGCCCAAGGUUCGCCAGCAGUAUCACCUGGCCGCUGCUCCUCCGCAGCAGGAGUCCGGCAUUCGGAACGGUAAACAGCUGUCCGCCGAGAUGAAAGACUGCUCCAACAACCGCCGGCUGGGCCGGCAACUGCUGGAGGAACGGAUGACCCGGCUACAGUCCUACUUUGCGCGGUACGUGGACAACCUGCUGUCCCACGUGACCAACGAUACCAGAGUCCACCAGACCGGCCAGAUGGUCGUCGAGGACAUCCUGGAAACGUGGCGCCUGGUGAUCGUCAUCCUGGUCCUCUCGCUGGUCGCCAGCCUGCUCUUCAUCACAAUGCUGCGCUGGAUCGCCAAGCCGAUGGUCUGGAUCUCGAUCCUCGGCGUGAUCGCGGCGCUCAGCUACGGCGUGUACUACAGCUACACCCGGUACGACUACAUCAGCAAGCACCCGGUCGAGAACCACGUGAACGUUUCGCCCAACCUGAGCUCGCUCGUCGAGUCCUGGUUCAAGUCGGAAAAGGUGUGGCUCUGGAUACUGGUGAUCCUGUCGAUCGGGCUCGUCGUCCUGCUGCUGGUGGUGCUGGUGUUGAGGAAACGCAUCGUGAUCGCGAUCGCGCUCGUCAAAGAGGGAAGCAAAGCCGUCAGCGCCAUCUUCUCAACGGUCUUCUUCCCGAUCAUCCCGUGGUUGCUGCACAUCGCCGUAAUAGUGUUCUCGAUCGUUGUCGGGCUCUACCUGGCAUCGAUUGGGGAGCCCGUCUACCGGGUGUACGGGCUAAACGCGACGCAGUCUUGUGUAUGCGAUAACGCGUACCGGGAUGGGGAUAUCUGCGACCCGACUACGUUCAAUGCGCACUGUCAGAACAGGCUGAUCCGCGGGGGGAUCUGUACAGAUGCGGCGUGUCACUUUCAGGAGAUUGAUAGUCCCAAGGAAGUGGGGUAUUUUCAUGCCGUCAACGUGGUCGGUUUCUUCUGGGGCAUCUGCUUCGUGUCCGCGUUCGGCGACAUGGUCCUGGCGUUCACCUUCGCCACCUGGUACUGGACGUUCCGCAAGAAGGAGCUGCGCUUCUUCGUGCUGACCACCGGGUUUCUGCGUACCGUCCGCUACCACCUGGGCACGCUGGCCUUUGGCUCGCUCAUCAUCGCCAUCUGCAAGAUCAUCCGGGCGGCGCUGGAGUACAUCGACCACAAGCUGCGCAAGUACGACAACGGGGUGGUGAAGGCGGUGCUGUGUCUGUGCAAGUGCUGCUUCUGGUGCUUGGAGAGCUUCUUGAAGUUCCUGAACACGAACGCGUACAUUAUGUGUGCGAUUCAUGGAAAGAACUUUUGCUCGAGCGCCAAGGACGCGUUCAGCCUGCUGGCCAGGAAUAUUCUGAGGGUGAUUGCGGUGGACAAGGUGACCGGGUUUUUGUUCUUCCUGUCGAAGCUGAUGCUGGCGUGCGGGAUGGCGGCGGUUACGUACACGUUCUUUGAUAGUGGCGCCGCGACUAAGCAGCUGCACUACGCGUUCAUUCCGGCCAUCUUGGUGUUUGUCGGGACGUACAUCAUUGCGGCGGUGUUCUUUAGCGUGUACUCGGUGGCGGUGGACACGUUGUUCCUGUGCUUCUUGGAAGACUGCGAACGCAACGACGGCACCCAGGAGAAGCCCUACUACAUGUCCAAGAGCCUGAUGAAGAUUCUGGGCAAGAAGCAAAAGUUUAACACCUCUCGUUAGUACUAGGAAACGAAAACCAAAAUCAGCGAAACGGCCAAAGCAUCUCACAGCAAACAUUACACUUAAACCCCACACACACAAAACACAGAAACAAACAAACCCCACGCGAGAGCAGCAAUACUGGUGCAAUCACACACACAGAGUCAAGAGUGUUGAAGAGCUUUCUUUUCCCGGUUGAAAAGAGCAAGAAAAAGACUUACCACUUAAUGUACUGUACUAAAUAUAUAUUCUGAUAUAUUUAAAGGUAGGAACACCGUAGCUUACAAAAACAGAGUGUUCGUUUAGAUUUGUAAGGGAAAGAAUGCAAUCAAAGAAGCGCGUUGAACCAUCAGUUAGUGCAGGGAAAAGUUGAUAGUAUUUGCUAGGCAUACGUAUUUUACACUUAUUUAUAUGUUACAGGAACUAGAGCAAGAGUCAAGAUUGUUAGAAGUGUGUGUUUUUCUCAUUGAAUGAGAAAUUCGAAGAAUCGUUAGAAAGUGUUUCUACGUAAUUUAGAGUUGAAAUGGAAACCGAUUGUGAUUGAAAGGCGCGAUAGUGCGAAUGAAUGAAUACAUAUUUGAAAAUAAAAAAAAAUGAAAUGGAUAUACCUCGAUGAAAUGAGCAAGCGGAAGGUGUUUUUUUCUACUAAACGUUCUCGGCGAGACUUUUAAAGGAAGCAGACAUUCUGCAGUGAUAACGUAAAUAAAGAGGAAUGAGAGAUAACAUUUCUGUCAAAAAUAAACUGAAAUCAAGCAAACUA